AUGGCCGACUCUUUUCUCCUCAGCAUUGCCGAAAGUGUUGUUGGGAAGUUGGGCUCUCUUGCUCUUGAAGAAUUCUUCUUGGCAUGGGGACUUGAAAGUGAUCUUGAAAAGAUCAAGGAGAACUUGAAGGUCAUCAAAGCUGUGCUUUUGGAUGCAGAGCAGCAGCUGUCACUGAAUCCACGGAUAGAGAUUUGGCUGGAGAAACUCAAACAAGUCCUAUAUGAUGCAGAAGACGUGGUGGAUGAGUUUGAGUGUGAAGCUUUGCGAAGGAAAGUGGUCAAGUCUGGGAACACCACUCGAAAGGUACGGCGAUUCUUUUCUAGCUCUAAUCCACUUGCGUUCCGAUUUAGAAUGGGACAUAAACUCAAGCAGAUUAGAGAGAGGGUAGAUGAAAUCGCAGCUCUUAAGUCCAAAUUUGGUCUUACUGAGCGAAUUUUUGAUAGGCCUGUCAUUCAUAGGGAGAGGGAGAUGACCCACUCCUUUGUAGAUGCUUCUGAUGUCAUUGGGAGGGAUCAAUCUAGAGAUAACAUUAUUGAAAUGUUGCAACAUGUUGAUGGUGAAAAUGUCUCCAUUAUUCCAAUUGUUGGAAUUGGAGGUCUUGGGAAGACCACACUUGCUAAAUUGGUGUAUAAUGAUCAAAGGGUAGCUACUCUUUUUGAGUUGAAACUAUGGGUCUGUGUUUCAGAUGUCUUUGAAUUAGAUAAGGUGAUUAUUAAAAUUCUUAACUCUGCAUCUCCAGAUAAGAAAUAUUUGGAUAUGGGUAUAGACCAGCUGCAGAGAUCCUUGCGAGAGGCUUUGAAUGGAUGGAAAUAUUUACUCAUCCUAGAUGAUGUGUGGAGUGAGGACCCUAGAAAAUGGCAUGAACUGAAAACUUUGUUAAUGGGAGGUGCUAAUGGAAGUAAAAUUGUAGUCACCACUCGUAGCAAUCGUGUUGCUGAAAUUAUGGGCACAGUCUCUCCCCAAAAUUUGAGUCUUCUUCCACAUAGAGAUUCAAUUGGGGAAGAAAUAGUGAGAAAAUGCAAAGGAGUUCCGCUAGCAGUCAUAACUUUAGGGUCGUUGCUCUACUCUGUAACUGAUGAACGUGAGUGGGAAUUUAUAAGAGAUAGUGAGAUAUGGGAAUUAAAGCAGAAGGAAAAUGAUAUUUUGCCUGCUUUAAGAUUGAGCUAUGAACAUUUGCCAUCUUACUUAAAAAGAUGCUUUGCAUAUUGUUCAAUUUUUCCCAAGGAUUAUGUAUUGAACGAUAUUGAAUUGGUUUAUUUGUGGAUGGCAAAUGGACUUGUUCAAUCUUCCAAUGAGAAUCAAGAGUUAGAAGAUGUUGGCUUUCGCUACUUUAAAGAGUUGUGUUCUAGGUGUUUCUUCCAAGAUUUUUCUGAAUAUUAUGGUAUUGUUAAGUGUAAAAUGCAUGAUCUAAUACAUGAUCUAGCAUUAUCCAUUACACAAAAUGAAUGCUCAAUGUUUCUCGACAGCACUCAACAGAUUGCCAAGAGUGUUCGACAUGUAUCUUUUCCCAAUCCUGAAUCACUUCCGAAAGAUGUUCCUAAAUCCUUACAAAACUUGGAAUGCAUGCAGACCAUUUAUUGCUUUGUAAAUGAAAGAGAAGAGGGAAUAAGCAGUGAAAUGUUCAUUAAGACAUGUUGCUCCAGAUUUCAGUACUUGAGAGCCUUGGAUUUGAGUUAUUCAAGCUUUGAGGAGCUGCCAGCAAGUAUAGGCAAUUUGAAGCAUUUGAAAUAUCUUAGUUUAUGGAUGAACUCUAACAUCAAAAGACUCCCUAAUUGA